AUUGAAAAUCUGGGAAAUCCUUUUACUGCUUUCUCCUCUGUCCUCUCCGCUCACCGCUCUCUCUUUCUCCCCUCUCCGGUGGGCCCUAAUCGUCCGGUGGAAGGGCCGCGCGACAGUGGAAGGGGCUAUGGUUGCCGAACGGCUAUGCAAGACCUUCGAUCUGAGUAUCAUACUUUGUUUGGCUAUUUUCUUGACGAUUUUUGGUCCCGAUUCGAGGCCGUAGACCCGGCGUCCUACUGCGGCAGAUUGAUGCUUCUGGCUCCCAUCAGUGCUCCUAUUUCGCCGGCCGGUCCUUCGAGGACAGAUAUGUUGCGCAUCCCUGCUUCGUAUCGUGGAUCGGUAUUGAUAGGUUCCUGUGGUUGCAGUGAUCCUCAUGGCACGUUCUAGAUCGUGCCUGAUGGCGAUCGACAAUGUCGACGACUUCGGUUUGGUUUGGAGAACAUUGUUUGAAUGCAAGCAAAUGAAGUAGAGGGAUCAUUGCAAUGGGACAAACACACUCAUGCUUUUGAUCUGAUGGGGGAUGGCAAUCUGGCAUUCUGAGCAAAUUGUUCUGGGGAGGUAUGUUUAGAUUUUGCUUGUUUUUCUUGAACUUUCUAAGUUGUUAAUGAAUAUGUUUCCUCUGGUAGGGCUUGAUGUCUUCAUGUUUGAGCUACUCUUUUAUGAAAUAUAACUUUUUGGGGGAGGGGUGAAGGUCGUUUAACAAUACAGUAGCUUAGUUUCUGCCUUCUUAAACUGGUAGUAUAUUUUUAACUAAACAAAUGUCUCUUGAUGUUAUCUUAAUAUAUGCUGUUACUUAUGUGGGUUGACCAAUCCAUUCUAGCUUUCAUUUUCUUGCUGUAUUUAGAGCUGUUUUCCCAAACAAGUUACCAAAUUUCUUGAGUUUUAUGUUAUCUCAAACACAUAUUUGGGUUUAUGGCAUCUUUUGGCUUUGAUUGCAUUGGUUAUGCCAUAGUAACAUCUCAUAUAUAAUUAUGAUAGGCCUUAAGAAUUUAUGCUGCUGCUUAAAUAGGAAUGUUAACAGGUUUAUCAUUUUUGCCACGUCUCAUGUCUCCCACCUUUAACCCAAUAUGGGAUUUUCUAUAAUUGGUUGCUACAUGAAAUGAUAUUGGUUGAAAUGUUAUCUAUGAGACUUUCAUUUAGCCAUCUCUGACUUCCCUUUUUAUAUUUUCCUCCAAUAACUAGAAGCUGAAUGGGGAUGAAACCUGAGAGCUGAAAACAAUUAGGGGUAUCUUUUAGGGAAUUUGGUUAGCAUGAUGUUGUUUCCAGGCGAGGCUGCGAAAUGUCUGAGCUCAUGGACAGGUCUCCAAGGAUUCAUAUUCCAGCAAAAGCAGCUUUUCUCUUUUUAGGCUUUUCAUCAUUCUCAGUAAUUAUAUAGUUAUUUUUUUAUUAAAUUUUAUUUAUUUUCAUUUGGAUUUGUAAGUGGCCAUUAUUUAUUUUUGGGUUUUCUAUGGUACUUAUUUUUAUUUAAUUUAAUUUGUUAAAGCGGGUUAGGAGCAUGCUAGGGAUUUUCUGAUUAUUUCAUCUGGUUGCAUCUGUUUUUAUUAUGCUGACUCAUCGCCUUUUGUUCUGCAAUU